UUCUCGUAGCCUAUAAAUCCGGCCGGAGCACCCAGCUCUGCCCCAUCCCAUCUCACACACCACUACUCAUCUUGCCUCACACACUUCACUGCUAGCUACUAGUAGUUCACUUCCUUGGGUUCUCGUGCCACCGAGCUCUCUCCCGCCAAGAUGUCGACGGUGACCCCUGCCUACCUCGACCAGAGGCUCGCCGCCGCCAAGCGCUCCUCCAGAGAGGCCGCCAUGGCGGGAGCCAAGGCCGCGGCCGUCGCCACCGUCGCCGCCGCAAUCCCCACCCUGGCGAGCGUGAGGAUGCUGCCGUGGGCGAGGGCGCACCUCAACCCAACCGGGCAGGCGCUCAUCAUCUCCACCGUCGCCGGGAUGGCCUACUUCAUCGUCGCCGACAAGACCAUCCUCUCCAUGGCCAGGAAGCACUCCUUCCAGGACGCGCCGGAGCACCUCAAGAACAUCUCCUUCCACUAAUUAGACUAAUAGAUCCAUUAGUACUUUAGUAGUGCGCAAUAAGCUGCGUGCGCCAGCCCAUCUUAUCUUAUACAUCUUAUCUUAUAUUUACUAAUUGAAGGCAUCAUACGAAGCUCCACGUUAAUCCACAUCAUUAAAAGUGCGUUGGUCAUUCUCAAUCAUCCGAUCUAUGUUAUAGAUUUAUCUUGACCCUUCAAUUUCCGUUACACCCGUGACAAAAAAAUAACCAAUCUGGACGUAAACAUGACCCAACUUGCACAUAGUUAACAUCAGAAGAAAAAUCAAUAUUUUCCUUAACAAAAA